AUGUAUUUAUUUACUAUUCUAUCAGCACUUAUAUGCAUACAAUUCGUAACAAGAGCAUCAAGUGAUUUAGAAAAUGUAUCUCCAAGUGAUCGUUUAAAUUUAUAUCUUCAAUCCGCAUAUGCAUAUAAUAAUGAAGAUGAAUCCUCUAGCAGUAGUGAAAGUAAUGAAGAUAAUGAUUAUAUGCGCCGUUCGACAUCAUUUCUAAGAUUCGGUCGACAAGUAUCACCAUCAGGAUCAUUUCUCCGUUUUGGUCGACAAGUAUCACCAUCAGGAUCAUUUCUUCGUUUUGGUCGAUCAAAUCCAACAUUUCUUCGAUUUGGUCGUGCUAAUCCUAAUGGGGCAACAUUUCUUCGUUUUGGCCGACGAUCACAAUCACCAUCAAACAACGAAUUUCUUCGUUUUAGUCGAAAAGGCGAAUUUUUACGAUUCGGAUAA